UCCAUUCACUUCCUCAUUUACAGGGCAGGGACCUGGUAGCCUCAUCUAAUCUAACGUCUCAACUUAAAGAUAAAGUCUUCUGCCUGGAUUGCUUUCUCGCCGGGCAGCCCGUUUGCGGAGGGGCCCUUGUUCUGUCAGCCGGACUGAAAACUUGGAGAGAAGACGAACCAUGUCUAAGCCGCCACCCAAACCAGCCAAGCCAGGGCAAGUGAAAGUAUUCCGAGCUUUAUAUACAUUUGAACCAAGAACACCUGAUGAACUUUAUUUUGAAGAGGGCGAUAUCCUUUACAUUUCAGACAUGAGUGAUUCAAAUUGGUGGAAAGGUACAUGCAAAGGAAAAACAGGUCUUGUUCCAAGUAAUUAUGUUGCAGAACAAGCAGAGUGUAUUGACAACCCACUGCACGAAGCUGCCAAAAGAGGUAACCUUAGCUGGUUGAGAGAAUGUUUGGAGAACAGAGUCGGUGCUAAUGGGUUGGACAAAGCAGGAAGUACAGCGUUGUACUGGGCAUGCCAUGGAGGCCAUAAAGAUGUGGUGGAACUUCUACUUGCCCAGCCGAGUAUUGAAUUAAAUCAACAGAACAAGCUUGGAGAUACAGCUUUGCAUGCCGCUGCGUGGAAAGGCUAUGCAGACAUUGUGGAAUUGUUGCUUUUGAAAGGCUGCCGAACGGAUUUGAGGAAUAACGAAAAUAAGUUAGCAUUAGACAUGGCCACAAAUGCUCAGUGUGCCUCCCUGCUUAAAAAGAGACAAGCACAAGGUAUUGUUCGAACGACCAGCAAUGCAGAAGAAUACCUUGAUGAUGAAGACUCUGAUUAACUGUUAUUUUUAAAGGAACUGCUCCCCCAUAAUUACAUUUUUUUUUUAAUGGCAUUGGG